AUGUAGCACCAAACUUAUUGUCAAAUUAAACACGUGUGUGUGAUCGUUGCCAAAUACUUUAUAUGAGCUGUGUAAAAUCGGAGGAUCACACCGUUAUAAAUCCAAAACACACAAAGUGAGACAGAAUGGCGGGGAAGAUUAAACGGAUCCGACAGAAGCUUCAUCACGGCGCCGUGAAGCUGCAAAAUGACAGUGAAGGCAAAUCCACGCAUGGAAAUCUCGAGAAAGCACCGAUCCCAUCAGCACACGUGCAAAGUGCAGCAAAAACACUCUCAACACAGCCCAAAAUAAUCACAACCGACAGGAAUGCAAAGCCUUUUAAUUUUCCCAGUGGAGUGUUUGCUGGAACUAAAAUCACCCCAGAGACUUUAGUUCAAACCCUGAAGUUUGAUGAACCAUCAAAUGUUACCGUAACCAAACAGACAGGAGGAGAACUGAAAGGCACAGGGGAAAAGAAACAACAGUCGAAGAAAGAAAAAAUUAAGGAGCGGAGAGAAAGAUGGCUGAACAAAAUCAGUGCAAUUAAACAUGCACAUGAACAGCAAGUGGCACAAGCUCGAAGGAAGGCCACGCCCGUCGUGGGAGACAUGAGACCGCUGGCCGACGCCCUUCCUGAACUCUCCCAGCUCAUCCCAUCACUCAGAAGUACACACCGGAAAAAUAAAACUCCAGUUAAGAAGAAACCAGAACCUACAGACUUCAGUCUGAUGAAACCAGCCCAGAAACGAAAGCUGCUCGAGAAUGAAGCGUUGCACUUCAGCGAAGCCAUGAAAAACCCCGCCUACAAGACCAACCCCUUGGCUGCGAUUGGCGAACACUUGCGAAAACGACUCAAACAAGAAGAGGAACAGAGUUAAUUGCAACUCUGGAGCGCCGCCCUACUUUUAGACUACAAUAACUGCACGUCAAAUAUACGUUAACCCUGCUAUACCAAAACUAACUAGCGGGUGAAUCUCACGAAAAUGGUCCAGGACAUAAUUUUCUCCAAAAUCAAAAGUAAAAAAAAUAAGAAGUUAUUAUUUACAUAAAGACAAUUAAGCAUAGUGUAUUAUUAGGAUGUUUUCACAUUGUGACAUUAUUUUCAUGACAAUUAAGCACAUUUAAACCAAACUUCUCCAAUUGUUUCUCCAGCCUACCUGCUAUGCAAAAAAUAUAAUAAAUUAUAAAUGAUUUAUGUAUUUAAAUUGAUAUGUAAAUUUAAUUGUAAACAAUGCAAAAUACGCUUCAUUUUCACUUUGCAAAAUACCGUAUAUUUGCAUGUUUUUUUCUUUUGAUAUUUGGACGAAAUACGACCCAGUCAUGUCUAAGUAAGAUUAACCCUAUAUAAUUGUCCGUGGUAGUUCCUGAUGUACACAAAACAAAAUAGUUUUGUACGUUGUACCGUAUCACUUUAUAUUGAAAUAUGGUAAUUAAGAGGUGUUCCAAGAUUUACCCAAUGCAUCAACGUCUGUCUGAACUGCAUGAACACUAUAGCGGACACCGUAAAAUAAUUGAUCACAGUUCCUCUGCAUCUUCGCUGGAGGUUUGAUUUUAAUGUAAUAAAUGAGUCUUCAGUGUGAAUGAUCCAUUUCUCCAGUUACAUCACAUGAUCUAAUGCUUAAUGAAUGUUACUUUUCACACAUUCUGGUCGACAUGUUUUUUGACUAUAUAAAAAUAAAACCAGUA